CACAGAGUUUUCUGCCUACUCCUUCUGGUCCUGGGCUGCAGCCAGAAGAAAUCAGGACCAUCCUAUGGAAAAGAGUGUUGGAAGUACACAGGGAGCAGAGGCCUGAGGGGUGAGGGUUUCCCUGUGCAGUGAUGCCCGGGAUGGGUGUGCUGGCCGCAGCCCUUCUCCCCUUCCUCAUCCUCUCCGGACGCUGGGCUUCAGCUGAGAACAUCAACUUCUACAACAUCAGGCCUCCACUGGACCCCACUCCGUUCCCAAACAGUUUCAAGUGCUUCACCUGUGACAACGCAGUGGACAACUACAACUGCAACAGAUGGGCUGAAGACAGGUGGUGUCCUGAGAGCACUCGGUACUGCCUGACCGCUCACCUGUUCACGGCGCGCGGGGAGAGCACCUCGGUCACCAAGAGAUGCGCCACGGGCGAGGAGUGUCACCUGGUGGGGUGCCACCGCCGCGGGGACAGCGGCCACACGGAGUGUGUUUCCUGCUGUGAAGGCAUGAUCUGCAACGUGGAGAUCCCCACCAACGCCACCAACGCGGUGUUCGCCGUGCUGCAGGCGCGCAGGACGGCCGCGGGCAGCCGCGCCCUGCCCAGCCUGCUGCCACUGCUGGCACUGCUGCCACUGGUGACAGUGGCACUGUCCUGACACAGCACCCCCGCACAGAGCUGCUGGGACAGUCCCCGGGCCAGGAACCCCCAGGGUCUCCAAGGAGAAGUGGCUGAUGUUCCCUCGUCCCAGCAGAUUUAAGGAAAGGCGCGUCCUGCUCUCCUUGCGUGUUUUAGUGGGAAUCCUUCCCCGUCAGUAUUGAAAAUAAACCCCACAAACACCCCCAGUGGGGAGGACUCAAUGUUUAAUUCCCUGUUUUCUGAGGAAAAUGCACAUUUUUGUGGUUUUUGGGACAGAGCUGUGACAAUCACAAUCAAAAGGAGCCUUGGGUGGAUCAUCUGGAAAGGUGGGAACUGGAUUUAAACCUUUUAUGUGCAGAAACAGCUCAGAGUUUCUUAUCCAGGUGUGUUUGAGCUUAUCUUGAUUUCAUAGCGAGCACCUCUGGUUUUCAUAGAGAACAAAUAUGAGGUGGGGGUUUUUUUCUGCUUGAUCAGAGCUCUUAUUUCUCCUGGCAAUAAUACAAAAUUGAUUCUUUUCUUUCUGUAAAAUGUCUCAUCCUCCUCCUGUUUUAAAUCAGUGGGAAAUGUAGAAUUCCUAAAAAUCCUGUUGCAGCACCCAGAGCAGAAUUCCUGAUCUUCCAAAGCAAAGGGAUUAUUUCCUUGCAAAUGAGUCUCACCUCAGAAUAUCACAAAAAUAUUAUUUUUGUGAUAUUGGGAUGUCACCACUUUCAAAUCACAGCUACGGUCACGCAGCUUCAUUAUCCUAAAAAUUCCAAGUGGACACUUGGAAUAAAUAAGGAGAGAACUCUGCUAUGUUCUCUCUUGAUUUGCACAGUGUUUUUCCAGGAAUAUUAUUGUCCUGGCGGAUGUUUUCAGGAAGGAUGGAUCACUUAAACUGACUCAAAAAAGAGAUUUGGAGCUGUUCCCCGAAAAAUUCGAGUAGCUACAAAUUUGGCUUCUUUUACAUCAAUAUUGCCUUAAUUAUUUUUUUGUUUGUGUCACUGAUUAUGUUUAGUUAUAAAAAAGAUUUUGAAAUAUUUCCAGGCCUGUUGACAUUCCGAAAUUUCCUCCACAAUAUUCUUAGAAUGCAGAAAGGUGUCUGAGUUCAGUCUGUGGCUCCUGGAUGGGCGAUUGUGCAGCCACAAAUCCCACAAAGUUUGGAUGGAAAAGCUUUGUCCUUGAGCAAGGAAAACAGUUCUUGAUGUCUGAGUCAAGGUUUUCCAAGAUCUGGAUUCUCAUGAGUCUCUCACUCCUCAAGAUCUGGAUUCUCUCUUUCCAUAUGUGUCAAUAAUUUACAAUAAUCUCAGUACUGAGUUUUGGGGUUUUUAUAGUGGAAAUGCAAUUCCAGAGCUUUUGGCAAUGUCAGGGAGGCCCUAAAAAACUGCUGCAGCAACAAAAAAUAGACAUUUCAGGAGGUUUUAUUUUCCUCUGUUGAAUGAUUUUUUUUUUCCCCUCACUGGAAAGUGAAGAAAUUCUGAAAUGAAGAUUUUAAACCUCAUAAAAUGCCUCUGCUUUUGGGAAAGAAUUGUUUGGGAUAAACCCCAAUAAAUCAGCUGAAGGUUGAAGGAUGCAGCCUGGGCAUGUGAAGGGAUUUGACCUCGGAUUUUAUUUUUGAAAAUCAGAAUUUUAGAAUUCCAAAAGUGGAGGAUAUUAAUGAUGAAUUUUAAUCAUUGGGAUGCACCAAUCCCUUUGUUAUUGCAAAUCUUGGGAUUCUUUUUAAUGGGGAAUUGAAUAUGCAAAUGCUCUUAAUGCAAUGCAAGGAGGCACUUGGUAGAAGAAAUAUGGAAUUUAAGAGAGAAUUUCAGUUUUUCCUCUUGCUUCAUCCUUUUUUAUAGAAAAUCCUGCUUGGAUUUGCCAUGAAAUGCUGAUUUUGUAGGAAAAACGUGCUGAGAAAAGAGUAUUGAAAUUCACCAUAUUUUUGGCAGGAUUAAUGACUGUACAGAAAUCCGACCUUAAUUUAUGGCGGAAUUUUUAUAUUAAAUAUUUUCAGGUAUCAGAAUUUUCAGCUCUCUGAAGAAUUUAAAAAAGUAUUACUGGAUUUGAUAAAACCAAUUUUCAGUGAUGUCCUUGUCUCAGUUUGGGUUCAGAUGUUGUAAUUUAAAUUACAGAUGUUGUAAUUUAAAUACAUUCAAUUUUUCAUGUGAUAAAAGCAAUUUUCACUGAUCUCUUUAUCUCAGUUUGGGUUCACAGAUACUGUAAUUUAAAUAUGUUCCAAUUUUCUUUUGAUAAAACCAAUUUUCUGUGAUGUCUUUAUCUCAGUUUGGGUUCACAGAUGUAAUAAUUUAAAUAUAUUCAAUUUUUCAUUGCCUAAAUCCACCCCUAAACUUUGGGAAAGAUGUUUCUGUAAAUCCAUCCAUUUUUGAACCCGAAAAUAAUUCAGAAAUAAUGGCAAAUCCAUUUAUUUGUGCAGUUAAAUGUAUUUUUUAUUACAUAUCUAUAUACGUGUGUAAUAUGAUUUUUAUUUACAUUGCACUGGACAGCCUAUAGAAGGUUUAUAUUUUUAAAACUUAAAUCCUGAUAAAUUCUUCAUUAUUCAGUGUUUGGAUGUUUUCUAAUUGCUGUGUAACUGCUUUAAAACUCCUGCAGAAAUGGCACUUUUAAUAAAAAAUACUCAAAUAUUUUC